AUGUCUUGGUUCGACGAAGACCACGAUAACGCCCAGGCCCACCGCGAGGUCAACGAGACCGAAGGCCACAAGGGACACUGGUCUCACGACCUCAUCGGUGGUGCCGCCGCCUACGAGGCCAUGAAGGCCUACAACGACCACCAGGAGAAGAACGGAAAGCCCCAGAGCCAUUCUCAGGCUAAGGAGAUUGCCGCUGGUUUCGCCGCCGCUGCUGUCACUCAGCUCUUCGAGACCAAGGGUCUCGACUUCAUUGAUCGCCAGAAGGCUGAGUACCACGCCAAGAAGCAGGCUGAGGAGGCUAUUGAGCGUCACUACUAA